AUGGCAUUGCGCGGAUUAAUGGAAGAGAAAGAAGAACAUCACUCCAAAUUACUGGAGGUCUAUAAGCAGGAAGCCGCACUUGAAGCGUUGAGAUCUCGCCUGCGCGAGAAUCCGUCUGUUUAUCUACAUAGCGCACAGGAGGUUCAUGAGCUUCUAGAUAAAUUGGAAGACACUUCCAACAAGCUGAAGGAGGCUGCCGAGAGAUUAGGGCGGACUGAGAGGCCCCUUGCAGAUGAAGCCGAAGAGGAGCAAAAACUCCUCUUGCUUUUGUGGGAUGCAAAAUCUGAACUAUAUGUUCAAGCGGUGCAACUCUGGGCAGAACGGCAGCCACUCACUGACUCAAGAACAAUCGGGCGUCGGUUGGGAACGAAGUUGAGCGAGAAGAUCCAGAAGGCGAUUCAGAGUCGACCCGAAAUCUUGAAGGAUCAAUCCGUCCGGAGACCAAAGAGGGGACAAGCAGAUGUUGUAGUUGACAAUGAUGGCGAGGAAGCGAUCUUAGGCGUGCAAGUUGAUGAUGGAGAAGAGGACAGCUCGGAUCCCGAAGGUGCUUGGGAGGAUGUCGAUGAAGCUCAUUAA